AUGGCAUCCUCGGAACCCAAGCCCGAAGACACCCACCCUCCCGAGGACAAGAAAGCCUCCGCGCUGGGCGAGGAUGACGAGUUUGAAGACUUCCCCGUAGACGACUGGCCCGAGGAGCAGACAGAGGGGGCGCAAGCCAGCGAGACCAAGCAUCUCUGGGAAGAGAGCUGGGACGACGACGACACCACCGACGAUUUCUCCGCGCAGCUCAAGGAGGAACUGAAGAAGGUGGAGGCGUCCAAGAGGAAAUGA